GUAAAAGAGAAAAAUAAAAAAUGGAAGACUGAUGAUAGAGAGAAUUUGCAUGGUAUAUUCGUCCGAGCCAGUUUUACUUGUUUAUGUUCAAAAGCUGAUAUUUUGUGUUAGAUAUUUAUUUAACUCACUUUAUCCAAAUGAAACGCGAUUUCUAAUCAAUCCGAGUGAAAUAAAAUAGAACCACACGUUGAAAUCCUAAAGAUGAAAAUGCCAUAUUCUUUUCCCAAACUUCUCUCUCCACAUUAUGAGCUGAGAAAUCCUCAGCUCCAGUUAAUUCCCUCCAUAACUCAACUGAUCUGAGCUCCAUAAUAAAAUGAUGGCGAUAGAGUCUCACGCCGCCGCCGCCGCCUCCCGCAUCUCCGCCGCCGUCAACAUCCACUCUUCCACUCGUAUCCUCGCACACUCAUCUUCCUUUCUCAUCCCGCGGAUUAAGUAUCGGAGGUGUGCUGGUAGAUUGAAGAAUGCAAUUUCAAUUAGAGCGAGUGCGAAAAAACAGUCAGGCUCGGAUUCAGGUCCGGUGAAGCCGAAUGCAAAGCCGCAGAGGUAUCAUCCAUCUGAGGAGAUUGCAGAGCCGCGGUUUCUUGACAAUGGCGAAGCUAAGCUCACGGCUGCCGAGACUUCGCGAACAAUAAUCGAGGUGAAUAGCAAGGGCACACUGAUGUUUUCCGGUGUAGACAAUGAGGAAAUUAGUGAGAACAUAUUCUGGCAAGACUUCCCUUAUGUGACCGACGAACAUGGAAAUGUUUACUUUCAAGUGAAGACUAAUGAGGAUAUCUUGCAAAAGCAAAACCUUACUUCUGAGGAAACUUUCCAUGAUAUGUUGCAAACCGUUACAUCUGAGGAAACUGUCGUGCAAGUCAUCAUUGGACUUGAUACUAAAGAAAUGAUGAGUGAGAUGGAGGCACUGGGUCUUGCAGAAACGGACUUUGGCAUGGAUGAGCUGGAUGACAGCGAGUUUGACGAUGAGGACGAGGAUGAUGAGGAAGAGGAUGAUGACGAAUAUGAUGAAAGUGGUGAAGACGAAGAUGAUGAAGUAGGAUAUUUUCCACUCUAUUUUUUAACCUUGCUAUCAGAGUUUUUGGAUUUCCAAGUCGUUAACCACUAUCAAGUUCACGUGCAGGACUGGGUAGACAUUCUUGAUGAGGAGAAUGGGGAUGAAGAGAUUGAUGGGUCAUUGCGAGAUUGGGCUAAAUUGGAUACCAUGCGUUCAUCUCAUCCGAUGUAUUUCGCGGAAAAACUAGCUGAGGUUGUCUCGGAUGAUCCUGUAGAUUGUAUGAAACAGCUCUCUGCUGGCCUUGUUAUCCAUGGCCUUCUGAGGCCUGCAUUCAUUGAAGAACAUUCUGUUGUUCAAAGACAGAUAUCUAAUCCCGAAUCUAGUGAUGUGGAUACAGAUAUAAAUGUCGAUGGAGGCGUACAUGUCAAUGGGCAUAGACAUGCGAAAGAAUUUACGAGGGAUAACGUAACUUUGGAUGGAGACUUGGAGAAGGAUGAAUCCCUGGGAAAUGGAUUUGCAUUUUACAAGCUAGAGAUGAUUAAGAUUCUGCUAGUUUCAGCUCAAGGAGUCAUGAGUGAAGUUGAAAUAGAAGAUUUUAGGAGGGCUAAGCCUGAUGCCAUAGCACAUUCAGCUGCAAAAAUCAUAUCCCGUCUCAAAGCUGGGGGAGAAAAGACCAUGCAAGCUCUAAAAUCUCUGUGUUGGAGAUCCAAGGGUAUUCAAGUGGAGGAGUGUGCUCUUAUUGGAGUAGACAGCCUUGGUUUUGAUGUGCGAGUUUGCUCCGGAACACAACUUCAGACCUUACGAUUUGGCUUCAAGAAGAAGGCCUCGUCAGAAUAUAGUGCUGAGAGGCAACUAAACGACUUGCUGUUCCCUCGAACACACAAAUAUCAGCAAAAGAAAGAAGCUCAACAGACCGAGUCGUAGGUGUUUCUCAAUCGCCCUACAUCCGACGUGUGAACAAAGACAUGAAUGAUACACUUGUGAUCUCAAUUACACUAGCAGCAUAUUAUCUCGAAUGGCCAAUUUUUCGCUCUGAAGUAAAGCAACUCAUCCCGACUCCAGAUACCAAUUUAAUUAGUUCCCAAAUGACUCCUAAGUCCUAGCUAAGGGCACAUGCUUCAAGUUCUUAAAACUACCAUAUGUAAGCAUAUUUUGGAACUAGUAUAUAUGGAAUUACUCUUAUAUGCCUAAAUAUGUUUGGAACAAUAUAAUGCUUGUAAACUUAAAAAGCAAUCCACUCUUGUCUUUGUUCUCGUGGUUUUGUGGACUGUGGAGGAAAUCAUAUGAAAUCAACCCUAUCAUGGAUUAUUAGUAUGAGUAAUUAAAUAUGCAAUAAAAAAAAUCCAAGUAAGAUGCCAGAUUCAAGGAACUAAG